AUGGUGGUAGAGGCUAACCGCGACGCCUCUAAAGAAUGUGUCCACAAGGCCGAUCAGGCCAUUGGAGCUGGGGAGUUGGGAAGGGCCAAGAAAUUGUUGGCGAGGGCUCAAAGGUUGGAUCCAAGUUUCAAUUGUGAUCGUAAGUCGGUAGCAAUAUUUUUUAUUUCGAUUUUAGGGGAAACGGGAGAUUUUAUUCUGUUAUCAUGACUAAUCACUACUUCUUAUGAAAUUGUUUGCAAGUCUACCUAAAAUUACUUGCAGAAUAUUUAAAAUCGAAGGGAAUUCCGUCGGACAGUGCUCCGUCAUCGCCAAAUCCCCCAAACGAGCGGAGUUAUUCCCACGAUGACCAUUAUGAAGAACCAGACGGGUUAAGAAGCCGGAGGAAGCGGUUUGAGAAUCACUUUUCUACAGAAUCAAAUGACUCCAAAGGUAAGAGCACUCUAAACUCCAUUAAAAUUGUUUUGUCUUUUUUUAGGUGGUCAAUCUAGCCGAUCUGAUGCACCCGAAGCUUCAAAAAGAAGUAGAAGCAGGUCAAAGUCGGUACCUCGAAAUACGCAAAGAAAUGAAGACGAUGGUGAUUUCCAUGUACAAAGGUAAGUUGUGUUGGCUUUGCUUUCUAUUCAAACUUUAGAAUACGACAUUCAAAGGAUUAUUACGAGAUCCUCCAAGUCUCCCGAGAUUGCACGGAGGUCGUCCUCAAGAAAAAGUAUCGAGAGCUUGCCCUAAAGUUACAUCCGGACAAAUGUCAGUCGCCUGGCGCAACGGAGGCAUUCAAAGGUACGUAUUGGUGCAAUUCAUCAAUUCUUGACACUGUUUUGACCAGUAAAAUUAAUUGAUUACCUUAUUUUAGCUCUUGGGAACGCGUACUCGGUUUUGUCAGACCCCCAGAAGCGGGAAAGUUAUGACCGAAGAGGCACAGAAGAAGUAACUCACCGACGAACCCGAGGCUUCUACGAUUAUGAUGUUAAUCGAGGAUUUGAAAGUGAGUUUUGGCUAUAUUACAAAUGCUUGGUCUAAAAUAAAUUCCGAUUUAUAAUUUUUUAGCCGAAAUGACCCCCGAAGAGAUCUUUGAAAUGUUCUUUGGAGGUGGUUUCCCGGCCGGAGGUGUUUACAGAAGAAGAGCCCACUUCCACAGAGCAGAAGAGGUCCAUGAAGAUAGGGUAGGUACCUAAUUCUAUGCAAUAAUUUAUUGCUUCUAUUGCAGAGUUUGUUCUCGAGUUUGUUACAAUUGGCUCCAUUGUUUGUAUUGUUAUUUGGAGCCAUGUUUGUCCAACUCUUGGCCGGUGAACCCGCUUUUUCGUUGAGAGCAGAAGGGUAAGUUAAUAUAAUUUUUUGUUGGAUGUUGAUGUUUAGUGGAUAUACUGUCCAAAGAUUCACCAAGGAUCUACGAGUACCUUAUUACGUCAAGCCGGACUUCAUGUCCAAAUAUGGCGAUCGAAUAUACCAGGUGGAUGUUAAUGUGGAAGAAGAAUAUAUCAGCAAACUACGGUUGAAUUGUUACAGGGAGAAGAAUCAGAGUGAGUAUUGAUCAGAUUUUGAUGAAAUUGAUUCAUUUCAGGGGAAACUGCAAUAUGGAGAGCCAAAAUGGCCGGCGAUGGGAAUCUGUACGCUCAAGCCCAAAGAAUGGAACUUCCCAAUUGUAGACGCCUCGAGGAAAUAUACCGUUAA